AACUUUUGUUUGUUAUAGGGGCAUUUCUUAUGGCAUACCCAUCAGACCAUAGGUCUUCCUCUAGUCGUGGGACAGUGAGAUUUGUUUUAGUUGUGGCGGGUUUGUUAUUGAUUGUUUACAUGGUGAGACCAACAAGAUUGCAGCAUUCUAAGGCUUUGGCUUCAUGUCCUCCAUGUUUCUGUGAUUGUGAGGUGGAUCCUAUGUUCUCCCCUAUAGACAUCUUAAACAGCUCAUUGGCAGACUGUGGUAAAGAUGAUCCUCAGAUGAAUGAAGAGAUGAAGAAGGACAUUGCUACUUUACUAGCAGAGGAGAUUAACUUGCAGAAAAAUGUGACUGAUGACGUUUUGGAACGCACAAAAGCUCUAAUUAUGAGCGCCAAAAGAGCAUCUUCGCAUUACCAAAAAGAAUCAGAGAAGUGCAACAUAGGGAUAGAUACAUGUGAGGGAGGUAGGGAAAAGGCUGAAGCUGCAUUGGCAGAAGAGCGCAAGCUCUCUGCACUCUGGGAGACUCGAGCCAUUGAGUUUGGCUGGAAGGACUAGUCAAGAGGAAAAUUGACCAUUUAAAUUUUUGGUCUCUGGUAGAAUUAGAAGAAUAGACAUGCACUUGUAUGCCUCUUUCCUUGUGUACACCCAUUUUGUGAAUAUGGUUUUUGCAUUUCUGUCUGUCUAGGAUUUCAGAUUGUGUUGAUUUCAGUUAAUAAUUUCAUUCCAA